AUGGGCAUUCGCGAAAAUCCCGAUCCCAUCCGACCUGAAUCCGACCCCACUGGCAUGGAAAUCAAGAAACAGAAGAAGGUCGCCUUCGCGGCUGUGGAGGUGCGAGAGGAGGUGUCUACCCGACCCGAGACGAUCCGGGUCCAGACUUGGCCAAGAGUUGUGGCGGACAAGUCGAGGGAGAUCGAACUUGAAGUCGAACCAAAUAUUCACAGGCCCAAGGGAAGGGUGGUGGAGCAGGGAGGCGCGAUAAGCUAUGUCACGGAGAUGUUGUUCUACAUGCGCAACUUCAACUUUUUCCCUCUCCAGCAUUACUGA